GUGACCGGAACGAUUGAUCCGGGGGUUCACUCUACCCGGAGGCCGGAGCACUACAGAUGGCGGACUGGAACAUUUGUAAACACCAGAGGUGCAGCUCCUGAUGGCGGUAGCGUGCUGCUGGAGCGGCGAGCAUGUUCCAAGGUCACUCACCAUGACCGUGUGCUCCUAAUCCCUCCCAAUGCUGUCCGGUCUGAUCGGUCGGCCGAGGUUGUUGUUGUGCUGUUCGUUAAAGACCAGGCAAAGAGUUGGCCCGGACUAGCCUUGAUGGUGAUCAAGGCUCGAUCGGUAUACCCAACAUUGGUUGGCUCAGCUUGUUGUCUUGCUGUUCGUUAAGGACCAGGAAAUAGCAAAAAAGUAUCUCUUUUGCCCCCUCUUCAUCACCGUUGGUUGACACGGACCUCCUCCAACACUGCUCUUCAUGCUCAUAGUCCCGUUGUACUUUUCGUUUCAAAGUGGACAACAUGUCUUAAAGAAACGCCUGAAGACGAAAUGAAUGCGGGCGCCAGGGGUACAACCGUCGAUCAGGUCUCAAACUCAGCGUCGGGGAGCGAAUGAAUGCGAUCGUCAGGGUUACCAAACUGUCAAUCAAGUAUCAAACGAACAAGCGAACGGCAAGGUCGUUAGGAUGGAGGUGGCGGAGGCACUCGACAACGCGCAGGACAUCAGCCCGGCGUUGGAGGCCACGGAGGACUUCCUCCACUGCCUGGACGGUAUCUACGACCGGAACCGCUGCCAGAACCACGCAGCAGACCGCCAGGACGUGUCCAACAGUGGUGGGGGGAAAUUUGGGUCCAACGCACACCCGGAGACACGGAGCAACGCCGCGGCCAAUGUGUGGUGCCUGCUCACUGGGGAGCGCUCCUCUGAGCUGGGGCCCAUGUCGUUCGCCUGGACCGGCGCCAACGGGCUGAGGCCCGGCAGGAAGUGGCGGGCGCAGUCCACCAACGACCUGGCGUCGCAGGCCCAGGAGUGCGCCCUGGAGUGUGGUCCCGUAUCCAACGCAGCCUUCAGGAAGGGUCACCACCGCUCGCGGUCGGACGUCCACUACCGGCCCUCUGCCUGCAACGACAACGGGAGGCCCGCCGCCGCGCCCCAGAACGCCCACUGGGAUGCUGACCGAGACGGCGGCCGUCCCAUCGUGGUGAAACAAGCGGACCUGGAGCGUCGCCACGGCGCCGGCUGGUCCCGCUGCCGCCUGCAGCUCACGCCCUGCGAGCUCCGCCUCUACGGCCCCGCCCACUCCGCCGGCUCCGCCCCCUACCGCCUGGUCACCGCCUACUCCCUCUCCCACUGCCAGAGCGUGUGCUCCCCGGCGCCGCUGGACCCCGCCCCCACGUCCAAGGGCCCCCACCCGGCCCCCGUGGCCCCCGACGCCCGCACCUUCCACGCGCUCUUCUUCAACAGCACACACCUCCACCUGCGGGCGGAGAGCCGGCGCGAGGCCACGGAGUGGCAGCGGCUGAUCUGGGAGCGCGUUCUCGCCUCGCGUCCCCUCGACAACGGGCGCGGCGCCACGGAGACGGCGGCGGUGGCGGUCCCGGCGGUCCCGUCCCAGCGGCCCAGCGCCCUCCCCCUCUUCUCCCCGUCGCCGCGCAGCCCGGACGUCCUGAAGGUGGGGGUGCUCCACCUGCUGACGGAGCCCGGGGCCUGGAGGGCCUUCACCUUCGUGCUGAGCCGCAGCGUACUCCGGGCGUUCCUGACGGAGGGGCGUGGCCCCGUGUCGGAGCCGGCGUUCCGGUAUCAACUGGCCACCUGUCUGGGAGUGGAGAAAGAGGGGGAUACGAGGAGACGUCCGGGGGAACCCGGGAACACCGGGAAGGCCUACGGGAACGUCUUCAAGGCGGCGUUCCCUAAAGAGGUGGUGGUGCUGCGGGCGGAGAGCGCGUCGGAGGCCCAGAGCUGGGUGGAGGUCCUGGGCGAGGCGCUGGAGCUGGAGAGCCUCCGACCCAGCCAGGAGCUCUGCCAGCAGCCCUUCAGCCAGGAGGACGUGCUCCAGGGGGCCCUGUCCCGGCCCCAGGGGCAGCAGCCGAGGGGGGCCCCCCAGCAGAAGGCCCCGGUCACAAGCAGCUUCCUCAGCAUCCUCCCCUGCCUGGCCGUGGAGAAGGGCCUGACCGCGCAGAGCUUCAGGUGUGCAGGCUGCCAGGGCCAGGUGGGCUUGUCUGGAGGCAGAGCCAAGGUUUGCUGCUACAGUGGCUGGUACUACUGCCCCGGCUGUCACCAGGACAACACCUUCCUCAUCCCAGCUCGUCUUUUGCACAACUGGGACACCGGCCAGCACAAGGUGUCCAAGCAGGCCAAGGAGUUCCUGGAGUUUGUGUACGAGGAGCCGCUGCUGGACGUGCAGCGGCUCAACCCCUUCCUCUACCAGCACUGUGAGGCCCUCAGCGCCGUGCUGCGCCUCAGGCAGCGGCUGCAGUCGCUGCGGGCCUACCUCUUCAGCUGCAGGGCCGUCGUGGCCGAGGACCUCAGGAGACGGAUCUUCCCCAGGGAGUACCUGCUGCAGCACAUCCACCUGUACUCCAUCGCUGACCUGCAACAGGUCAUCGAUGGUAAGCUGGCCCCCUUCCUGUCCAAGGUGAUCAAGUUCGCCAGCUCCCACGUGUUCAGCUGCAGCCUCUGUCAGGAGAAGGGCUUCAUCUGUGAACUCUGCAAAGACGGACAGGUCAUCUACCCCUUCCAGGAGAGUGCCACCAAGAGGUGUAAAGGUUGUGACGCCGUGUUCCACACUGAGUGCCACCAGAAGGCCCAGCCGUGCCCCCGCUGCGUGCGCCGCGAGAUGCACACCAGGCACUCGGCCUUCUGGGCGAACGAGGACGACGACCCCCCCGACUGCUACCAGAACACCUGAGAGGGCCCGCCGAUCCACAACAGAAGCCCACUGCAUUCUGGGAAGCCGGAUUUCCCUGCGUUAACCGGAAUCGGUCGAGUCCGAACAAAAAGGGGAAAGGCUUGUCUCCGAGAUUAGCAGUUAGCAUUUUGGGCUAAUGCUAACUCUGCAAGCUAACACGCUACGUAGCAGGUUAGCUUUGCAAUUUGUAGCUCCGCCUCCGAGUCGGUUUGGAUAACAGCGGCCGACUACUUUUUCCGAAAAUAUCGUGUUCCAAGGCGUGUCAUUUUUUUGGAAUUGCCGACAUUGCAGAUUUUAUUUUAAACGUUCACACUUAAUGAUACUGUGUAAGCUCCGCCCACGGCUCCUGUAGGCUGUCAUUGAUAGGUUGUUUAACUGACACACAGCACAAUGGAUGUCAGACUACAUAGUGUUGGUGCUAGCUCGAGUUCUGGUAUAGGUUUAGGGUUAGGGCUACCUGCUGUUUGAAACAGACACGCACACACGCACACGCACACAGACAGACACACACACAGGUACAUGAGCACACACACACGAGGAAGAAGCAGUGAGCCACGUGCGGUAUGCUAAAUAAAGACUAUGUUUUCUCAAAGGACACCGCCUGCAAGACUAUAAUAAAUAAAUUAUAAACAUAACCAUCCUCAAGAUACUUGAUUGGUGAAAAAAAUACAAGCCUAAGCCAACUCAAUAUUGAUUUUCAAAUUUAAUAAUUGUGAAACAAUGUCAUAUGCAAUAUAAUGUGUCUCUUGGGUUAUGUUCGAACACCGGUGUUUUGUGUUUAUGGCCACUAUUUAUUGUCUUUUUAUUUGUAAUAAUUUAUCUUUAUUGCCUCAUCAGAAUGUCCAUUCAGCCAACCCCUUUUUCUGUUACUGUAAAUUAUUUAUAUUUAUUUCAAUAAAUGGUAAUAAA